AUGGCUGCACGAUACGAAUCUGCUCAUCAGACACCCAAUGGACCAGGUGAUGGACGUCCUACCGCCUGUCAGAUCAUUGAGGACGAGCAGCUUCAAGGGAAAUGGCUCGAGAAGACGAUUCUGAUCACGGGCUGCUCCUCGGGAAUUGGAAUUGAGACCGCCAGGGCUCUGCUUGAAACCGGUGCUACGCUUUACCUCACUGCACGAGAUCUUAAUAAAGCCAAGACAGCACUCGGCAGCAUCCUGGAGAACGACCGAGCCCACCUCUUGGAGCUCGACCUUGACUCUUUGGCCAGUGUGCGCAAGUGUGCAGGCACUUUCUUGUCUAUGUCUAACCACCUCAACGUCCUGAUUGCCAACGCAGGCGUCAUGGCGACUCCAGAAGGUCGUACUAUAGAUGGUUUCGAAACCCAGUUUGGCACCAACCACCUUGCGCACUUCUUGUUGAUCCAACUCCUCCUUCCCGCGCUGCUCGAAUCGAGUUCUCCAAAUUUUCAGUCACGGGUUGUUAUACUUUCCUCCUCUGCCCAUCGAAUGGGAGGAAUUAAUCUUUCCAACCUCAACCUUGAGGCGGAGUAUCAUCCAUGGGUAGCAUAUGCCCAGAGCAAGACCGCCAAUAUAUAUACCGCCAACGAACUCGACCGUCGCUACGGAAGCAAGGGUCUGCAUGCAUGGUCUGUUCACCCCGGACUGAUCCAUACCGGUCUUAUGCAGUAUUUAGAAAAGGAGACAGUUGAGGGUUGGGGCAAUGAUCCCACAGUGGCAAAAAUAACGAAGAAUCCGGAAGAGGGAGCGGCCACUUCGGUUUGGGCGGCCACUGCAAGGGCGUUGGAAGCUCAAGGCGGUACAUAUCUUGAAGAUUGCCAAGUUUCAAAGCCAGCCAACACUAUCCCGGAACCGCAUGAACCUGGAUACGCAGCUCAUGCAUAUGAUGAAGAAAAGGAGGGUCUUCUGUGGGAGAGGUCUCUAGAGCUGAUGAAGCCCUUCUUGUCUUGA